AUGAAUGGAGCUGUGGAGACAGCAAAUAAGAACUUGAAAAAGAUAAUCUGUAAAAUGAUCGAAAGACAUCGUGAUUGGCACGAAAAACUCCCCUAUGCAUUAAUGGCAUAUAGAACUUCUAUUCAAAUUUCUAUUGCGGCAACGGCUUACAACCUUAUGUACGGAAUGGAAGCAAUUUUGCCAGUUGAGGUCGAAAUUCCCUCAUUGCGCAUAAUAAUGGAGACCAAACUAGAUGAAACUAAUUGGAUUAAACAACAUCAUGAACAAUUAUUUUUGAUUGAUGAGAAAAAGUUAAAUGCCAUUUGUCAUGGUCAGUGCUAUCAAAAGAGAAUGGCCCAUGCUUACAACAAGAAGGUCAAACAGCGACUAUUCGAAGAAGGAGACAAAGUGUUGAAACGAAUUUUGCCAACGCAAGAGGAGGCCAAAGGCAAGUUUGCACCAAGUUGGCAGGGCCCUUCUAUCGUCAAGAAGGUAUUGCCUGGUGGAGUACUUAUUCUCACAGAAAUGGAUGGACAAGUUUUCUCUCAACCGAUCAAUUCGGAUAUGUGUAAGAAAUUUUUCAUCUGA